AUGGCAGACACAGGAGGCGCCCCUCCUACCGACCCAGCAGGAGACACUGCAUCAAGAUCACGCGGCGACGGCAGCCGGGGCCGUGGCAGAGGAGAUCGUGCCAGGCGCGGCAGGGGGCGUGGUGACGGCGCAGGGCCAAGCCGUGGAGGAAACCGCGGCCGGGGACGUGGUGGAAACAACCAGAACGCCGUCAGGUCACAAGAGCAGGAGAAUGAAGGGCCAAGGCUCACACCGGCUGCCAAAGAAGCGCUCCGCGGGGCAGGAGAGUCAAAGCCAAAAGCCGCAGAAGGAAGCGGCGGCCAAGAGGGCGACGACGCCGACCAAGAUGACGACGAUGUCUGCUUCAUAUGCGCCAACCCGAUCCAACACCACUCUGUCGCCCCCUGUAACCACACGACCUGUCAUAUCUGUUCAUUACGACUGCGAGCGUUGUACAAGAACAAGGACUGCGCGCAUUGCCGAACACCCGCACCAUUUGUCAUCUUCACCGAUGACCCCUCGAAACGUUUUGAAGCCUACACCGAUGCCGACAUUUCAAGCGCGGACGAGAAUAUAGGAAUCCGCUACACAAAUGAGGACAUCGUGGGCGACACGGUCCUAUUGCUGCGGUACAACUGCCCCGAUCUGUCCUGCGACUUCGCCGGGCUGGGCUGGCCCGACCUGCACAGGCAUGUUCGGUCGGUGCACCACAACAAGAUGUGCGACCUGUGCACGCGCAACAAGAAAGUCUUCACGCACGAGCACGAGCUGUUCACGGACAAGGCACUGCACAAGCACAUGGCCCACGGCGACGACAGGCCUGGCGACGUCGCGCAGACGGGGUUCCGGGGCCAUCCCCUGUGUGGCUUCUGCGGCGAGAGGUUCUACGACGACGACAAGCUGUACGAGCACUGCCGGAACAAGCAUGAGCGCUGCUUCAUCUGCGACAGGAGGGACUCUAGGUCGCCACACUAUUAUCAGGACUACAACGCACUGGAAAAGCACUUCCACAAAGAUCACUUCCUGUGUCUCGACCGAGAGUGCCUAGAGAAGAAAUUCGUGGUGUUCGAGUCGGAGAUGGACCUCAAGGCCCACCAGCUGAGCGAGCACGCCGACUCUCUGUCCAAGGACGUACGGCGAGAUGCUCGAGUGGUGAAUCUUUCCGGCUUUGACGUCUAUGAACCAUACCAGGAGGAACGGAGAGGAGGCGGACGAUCUAGGGGUGGGAGAGAAGGACGUGGAAGGGGCAGGGACCCCAACGCCGACGCGCCUCUGCCUCGCAGCACGGCACAGCCUUUACGACGAGACGAGCUGGCCUACCAGCGACAAAUGGCCAUCCACUCUGCUCAGUCAGUUUCCAACCGCACCUUCGGCGGCCAGCUCACGACAACCGCCAACACCUCCGGUCCCACGCCUGCCGCCGCUCGCAACCAGCAACGACAAAAUGGCGCAUCGUCGUCAUCAGCCCAACAGCCCCAGCCUCUUGCCGAUGCUCUCUCUACACUCUCCGUGACCGAUCAAGCCAACAUGACGCCGGCCGAACGCGCGCGCCUCGUCCGUCACGGCGCCGUCAUCGAGCGCGCGUCCAACCUGCUGGGCAACGACGCGACCAAGAUGAACGACUUCCGCUCGCACAUCUCGUCCUUUAAGAAUGGCAGCCUCACGGCCCCAGGCCUGAUCGACUCGUUCUUCUCGCUAUUCAGCGACACCUCGGCCAACGCGCUGGGCACACUCGUCCGCGAGGUUGCGGACCUCUUCGACGACAAGGCCAAGGCCGACGCGCUGCACAAGGCGUGGCAGGACUGGCGCGCCAUCAACGAGGACUACCCCUCACUGCCCGGGCUGGGCGGGAUGCACGGCGCCACCACCAGCUCGAGCGGAUGGGCGUCGGCCGCCAGCUCAGGACCCACGCUGCACCCGGGCAGCGGCAGCGCCGCGGCCGCCCGCGAGAGACACACGACGCGCGUGCUCAAGCUGAAGAACAGCACCCAGGCCCGCCGCGGCAGCGUCCCGGGCUCGGAACCCGCCGUGCCGGGGCCCGCGGCCGGACCAAGCAGCGUGCAGUGGUCAAGCCCGGCGCGGCCACCAGCGGCAUCAACAUCAUCCGCCGCGUUCCCAGCGCUUCCGCCAGCAGCGGGAAGCAAGAAGUCGGCCACGGCUGCCAAGACGGCCCCGCUCUGGAUCGGCGGCACGCAGCCCGCCGUGUCGGGCCCGUCGUCCGCGUCCGCGAGCCGGUCGUCCACGCCCACCGUGCGGCGGGCAGCGCCCAGCGCGGGCGGGGGCCGGGCGCCGCCGCGCGAGGACGCGUUCCCCGCGCUCCCUGCGGCGCCCAAGGUGCAGACGACCAUCUUUGGGUACGGCGGGGGCCGCGGGGUGAGGCGGGACUUUGGGGGCGGGCGCGAGACGGGGUUCUCGUGGGGUGGCGGCGGCGGGCCGAGCGAGGAAGGUGGCGCUGGUGGGGAGCACGGCGCCGAGGGUGGUGGUGAGGAUUCUGGGGCUGGGGGUGGGAAGAAGAAGGGCAAGGGGAAGAAGGGGAAGAAUGUGCUUGUUGCUUGGGGUUAG